UCCCUCCAUCUCUGCAACCUCUCAAGAAAAAAAAAAAAUCACAAUUUUAAACCCAAAGGAAACAUAUUACAAGGCGGAGUUCAGUUCUAAGAACUAAUUCGUUUUCAAUGGCCUCUGCUUCUGCAAUUUCUUCGCAUGCUAUCGUCCAGCGCGAGCUCAGAGGGGGAAAAGCUGGGUCUGUGAGGCAGUUUGAUAUGGUUGCGGCGCCUGCGGAGGCGCUGAGCGGUCGGAGGCGGUGGGCAGUGCGGCCCGCGCAGGCGUUGGAGCCGCGGAGAAAGAUGGAAUCUGUGGCGGCAACUGUGACGGAGGAGAAGGAGGAGGUCAGCGAGGUGAGCUAUGAGCAGCUGGCGAAGGAGAUGGAGCAUGCUUCGCCGCUUGCUAUCAUUGAUAGGGCUCUGGAGAUGUUUGGGGAUGAUAUUGCGAUUGCUUUCAGUGGGGCAGAGGAUGUUGCUUUGAUAGAGUAUGCUCAUUUGACCGGACGGCCCUUCCGGGUCUUCAGCCUCGACACCGGCAGGCUGAAUCCUGAGACCUACCAGUUCUUUGAUGUUGUCGAGAAGCACUAUGGUAUUCAUAUCGAAUAUAUGUUCCCCGAUUCAGUCGAGGUUCAGGCUCUUGUGAGGACCAAGGGAUUAUUCUCUUUCUAUGAGGAUGGACACCAGGAGUGUUGCAGGGUGAGGAAGGUUAGACCUUUGAGAAGGGCUCUUAAAGGUUUUAAAGCCUGGAUUACUGGGCAGAGAAAGGAUCAGUCACCAGGCACCAGAGCUAACAUCCCUGUUGUCCAGGUUGAUCCUUCAUUUGAAGGAUUGGAUGGUGGUGCAGGUAGCUUAAUAAAGUGGAAUCCAGUAGCAAAUGUGGAUGGAAAGGACAUCUGGAACUUUCUCAGAACCAUGGAUGUUCCCGUUAACUCUCUCCAUUCUCAGGGUUAUGUGUCCAUAGGCUGCGAGCCAUGCACGAGACCAGUAUUGCCGGGUCAGCACGAGAGGGAAGGAAGGUGGUGGUGGGAGGAUGCAAAGGCAAAAGAAUGUGGCCUUCACAAAGGCAACAUUUCUCAAGAAAAUUCACAAAACCAUGCUGCUAAUGGAAAAGGAGCUGUUACUGUCAAUGGUGUAAGCAACAUAUCUGAUAUUUUCAGCACCCAAGCCAUUGUUAACCUUACCAGGCCUGGAAUUGAGAACUUGCUCAAGUUGGAGAACAGGAAGGAGCCAUGGCUAGUUGUCCUCUAUGCCCCCUGGUGCCAGUUCUGCCAGGCUAUGGAAUCUUCCUACGUUGAACUAGCUGAGAAGCUCCAUGGUUCAGGUGUCAAGGUUGGGAAAUUCCGUGCUGAUGGGGAACAGAAACCUUUUGCCAAGCAGGAACUUCAGCUUGGCAGCUUCCCCACCAUCCUCUUCUUCCCCAACCAUGCCUCAAGGCCAAUCAAAUAUCCUUCAGAGAGCCGUGAUGUCGAUUCUCUGCUUGCUUUCAUCAAUGCACUAAGAUGAGAUGGUACUUGGUAGGUUCUAAGUACUGGUUCUUCAUUAUUCUUGCUUGAUCCUUCUAUGUUGGGGGUAGAUUGGCUUCUAAGUUUUGAUGGAAGGUUGUAUAGUGUAGUGAAUAGGCUCUCAGAUGCUAUGGUUCUUGAUUGGUAUGGUGAGUUCCCCUUUCACUUCAGUUCUCUCCUUCAUAGGAGGAGAAGAGGUUUCUGGUAAUUCUGGUAUGAUCAUGCGAUCAUCCUUUCUUUUGAACAAGGCUUGUGUGCCAUUGUAGUACUGUAUGGAUUUGCCAAUGUUAUAUACUUUUUUGUCAUUUGGGUUGUUCUUUAUUGUACUUUUGGGAUAAUUUUUUAAAUAUUUUUGUCAUA